UGUAGAGGUUCCGCACAAGUGCUAAGUGGCUGAUGAUGAAAACUAAUUUAGUAAAAUAGUGACUAGUUUUAAAUGAAAAUUACGUAACUCCCGCAAGAAAUCGUUGAUUGAAGCAAGUGUCUGUCGUAUUUUGUUGUUGGUUACGUGUGGGCGUUCAAAUUGACACCUUAAACAGAAAUGGCCCUCCUGGGAGCACAGCUGGUCAUCACCCUGAUCAUGGUCAGCGUGAUCCAGAAGCUGAGUCCACAUUUUUCGCUCGCUCGAUGGAUUCUCUGCUCCACCGGAUUGACCCGGUAUCUGCAUCCCACGGACGAUGAGCUUCGUAAGCUUUCGGGAGUACCGCGGGAAAAGAACAAAUCCAAAAAGGACAAAAGAAAUGGGCACGUUGAGCAGGAGAAAACAACCACGACCUUCCAUGUACCGCGUAGCCUGGAUAUUGAACUGGAAACGACGAACAUCUCGCCGUUCGAUAUUGUGCACCUUCGAUAUUACACCGAGUAUCAGUGGCUGGUUGAUUUCAGUUUGUACGCCGCCAUUGUGUAUUCGCUUUCUGAGGCGUACCAUUUCUUUUUCCCCUUAAAGGAGGAGUUCAAUUUAAGUAUGGUAUGGUGUCUGCUAGUUGUGUUCUUUGCUUUCAAACUUCUCGCCUCUCUGACAAUUCAGUACUUCCAAAGCGAGGAAUCGAUCGGUGAACGGUCCACUUGCAUUGUGACCGGGCUGGUUUAUCUGCUGAUCGCCAUGAUGAUUCUGAUUGUGCCGGAAACCACCCUGGAGGUGGGAUUGGAUCGCGCCUACACCAGUUUCAAUGAGAGUGCGUCCAACUUCCUGGAGGCUCAAGGGCUGAAUUCUUCUGGACCAGCAUCGAAUAUUGUGGUCAAGUUUUUCAUUGCUGUCAGUUGUGGAAUACUCGGAGCUUUGUUCACUUUUCCGGGAUUGCGUAUGGCUCGAAUGCAUUGGGAUUCGCUCAAGUUCUGCCAGGAUCGUGUAUGGCUUAAGUUCAUCUUGAACCUUAGCUUUGCUAUGCCUUUCUUGUUGGUUUUACUCUGGAUUAAGCCUUUAACACGCGAUUAUUUGACGGUACGAGUUUUCUCCGGCAUGUCAGCUCCCAUCCUUUCAGCGGAGGCCUUCGAAACCAUACGCCUAGGGGCGGUCGUUUUUGCUGUGCUGCUUCGAUUUAUGCUGAUGCCAAUCUAUCUGCAAGCUUACCUUAAUCUUGCAUAUCAACGGGUUGAGGACCAGAAAAAAGAAGCCGGCCGUAUUACCAAUGUUGAUUUGCAAAAAAAAAUCAGUUCCAUUUUCUACUAUUUGUGUGUAGUAACUUUGCAAUACGUGGCACCAAUUUUGAUGUGUCUGUUUUUCACCCUGAUGUACAAAACGUUGGGAGACUAUACCUGGACGGGAUACCUGAAGGAAGCACUUCCGCUGGAUGAAUGCUCGGUCGAGGAGGAAGCGGUUCAACAAACAGUGGCGGCCGCCACUUCCGGAACGGAAACUGCGGAAGAAGACGAAGGCAACAUUCUGUCCACCGCUCAGACUAUCCAGCUAUCGUUGCAAAGCUUGAAAGCCGUGUUCACUAAAGAUGUGUACCGAGGGUUAUUCGGUUUCGCCACUUGGUGGAGUUGUUUCAUCUGGUUCGCGGCUACCUCACUAGGAAUGGUGUAUCAAUCGUACUUUACCAAAUCGUAAAAAGCUGUUUUUGGUAGUUUUUGUUCAUACUUUUACGUCCACUUUCGAUACUAGGAAUCUAAGAAAAAAGAUUGCAUUUACCACGAUUAAUGCAUUUUUCGUUAGAUAAUAUAUUUAAAUCCUAACAUCAUUUUGAACUACAUUUGGUCUCUUUCUGCUUCAGCACAAUACAUUUUGAUUUUGUCAGGUUCAUAAGUCAUUAACUUUAAAGAAUCGCGAUUAGUUUUCGUAGUCUAAGUCGAUCAUUUGCGUGUAAAACUAGACAUAAAUAACCAUGAGAAAGUGUGGCAGAUAGUUACAUAUAAAAGUUUUUGAAUUGUUUUUACACCAUCGGAAGAUUAUUCAAUACAGAUGGUACGAAAAUGUUUAUCUCGA